GUGGCAACGAUUGAAUUGGUGCUUAAAUGACGUUUCGCUUAAGUGUGAGCUGAAAACGUAGUAACAGUUCUAUGCUUGCAAAACUAGUAGUUUUCGUUUUUAUAUUAAGUGUAAUUUUGGGAGACUACUCAUUAAUGUACUUUGAUACUAAAAGCAAGGCUGUGACAGUCGUAAAAUUUGUGCUCUAUUUUUAAUAUAACAUUUUUGCAAAAUUGGAAACUUCACAUCUCAAAAGUGCAGCAGCAUUAAAGAAAUGAGCGGAGGUAAUAUAUUUACUGAAGAAAAUGGCAUGCGACGUGAUAAAGUAGUCAUAUUGGAUGCUGGAGCUCAAUACGGAAAAGUUAUUGAUCGCAGAGUGCGUGAGCUUUUAAUUGAAACAGAUUUACUUCCUUUAAAUACGUCAGCGGCAGAGAUACGUGCUAAAGGGUAUCGAGCUAUUAUUAUAUCUGGUGGACCAAAUUCAGUAUAUUUAGAUGAUGCACCGUUUUAUGACACAGGAAUUUUUAAACUGAAAAUACCUAUACUUGGAAUUUGUUAUGGUAUGCAAUUAAUUAAUAAGGAAUUUGGUGGUGCAGUUCAAAAAAAGGAUGUUCGAGAAGAUGGCCAGCAAACCAUAGAAAUUGAAACAAGCUGUCCCAUUUUUAAAGGGCUACAACGAACACAGUCUGUAUUGUUAACUCAUGGUGAUAGUGUAGAACGCGUUGGUACAGGUCUUAAAGUAGGUGGAUUGUCAUCGAAUCGUAUCAUCACUGCCAUUUAUAAUGAAGUUCAACGUGUAUAUGGACUUCAGUUUCAUCCAGAAGUGGAUUUGACCACAAAUGGCAAACACAUGCUGUCGAAUUUCUUAUAUGAUAUAUGUGGCCUGAAACCAACUUACACACUAGGUAGCCGAAAAGACGAAGCUAUACAAUAUAUUAAAGAGCGCGUUGGGAAUAAUAGAGUUCUAGUUUUGGUAAGCGGCGGUGUAGACUCUACUGUAUGCGCAGCUUUAUUACGCCAAGCCGUACAUCCCAGUCAGAUUAUUGCAUUACAUGUUGAUAAUGGAUUUAUGCGAAAAGAAGAAAGUGAAAAGGUAGCUAAAUCGCUGCGUGAUAUAGGUAUAGAUGUUAUAGUGCGUAAAGAAGUAUAUACUUUCGCUAAAGGUACUACACGAAUAAAACGCCCCGAACAAUUUUCUACUGUUGAAACACCAAUGCUAUGUGAAACGGUUAAUCCUGAAGAUAAACGUAAAAUAAUUGGGGAUAUUUUUGUUAAAGUUGUGAAUAAAUUACUUUCUGAAAUGCAAUUGAAACCAGAAGAAGUUAUGCUAGCUCAAGGCACUCUUAGACCAGAUUUGAUUGAAUCUGCAUCACAUCUAGUAAGUACAAAUGCAGAAACGAUUAAAACGCACCAUAAUGACACAGACCUAAUUAGAGAAUUACGAAGAGCCGGUCGUGUUAUUGAACCAUUGGCAGACUUUCAUAAAGAUGAAGUUAGAGAUUUAGGUUACGAUCUGCGCCUUCCAGCAGAGUUAAUUGAAAGACAGCCUUUCCCUGGACCAGGAUUAGCAAUACGCAUUCUUUGUGCUAAAGAAGCUUUUGCUGGAAAAGACUACUCAGAAACACAAGUCAUUGUAAAAGUAAUUGUGGACUAUAAACAAAAAUUAAACGGAAAGCAUGCUUUAAUAAAUCGUGUAAAUGGAGUUACUACUGAAGAGGAACAAAAAGAACUUAUUCGAAUAUCAUCCUCUUCUCAAUUGCAUGCGAGCGUUUUGCCAAUACGUUCCGUAGGCGUGCAAGGGGAUAAACGCACUUAUAGCUAUGUUGUUGGUCUCUCUUCUGCCCAUGAACCAAACUGGAGUGAUUUGAUUUUUUUGGCUAAGAUUAUACCACGUAUUUUACAUAAUGUUAAUCGCGUUUGUUACAUAUUCGGUGAACCAGUAAUACAUCCAAUCUCUGACAUUACAUUAACAACUUUAACUCAGUCCCCAAUAAAAACUUUACGUCAAGCUGACUGGGUUAUCAAUGAGGUUAUAAUGCAAGCUGGUCUAAACAGAAAAAUUUCGCAAAUGCCAAUUAUUCUUGUACCAAUUCAGUUUGAUAGAGAUUGUACAGAUCGCACGCCAUCUUGUAGUAGAUCUCUAGUUUUACGACCAUUUAUAACGCGGGAUUUCAUGACUGGUGUGCCAGCUAUACCUGGUUCGCUUCACAUGCCAAUGCCAGUUCUCACCAAGAUAUUAUAUGAAUUGAAAAAGGUUCCAGGCAUAUCGAGAGUACUUUACGAUUUAACAUCAAAGCCUCCUGGUACCACAGAGUGGGAAUAAUUAUAUCAAACUUUUACUUUAUAAUUGAAUUAAAACCACGUAAUCUGGAUUAAAUGCCUGCGUAAUCAUCUAAUUUUAAGUAAUUGUAUUGUAAAACCUGCAUAAAAAGUUAUGAACAUAAUAAAUGUGAUCAACAAACA